AUGCCUGCUAUCUCACUAGGACCUCUGAACAAACCGCUUCGGUUUAUUCGUCGACAGCUGCCUCCUAUCAACUUCAUCACGAUCCAUUACCUCUACUUCAUCUCGACAUGCCUGGUCAGUGCCAUCAUCCUGUGGGGCUCUGCUACCCCGGCGCAUAGCCUGGCCUUCAUCGACGCUCUCUUCCUGGCUGUUAGUGCCAUGACAUUGGCUGGAUUGAAUACAGUCAAUCUUUCGACUUUGAACACGUUUCAGCAAUUCUGGCUCUUUCUUCUGAUCAUUCUGGGCUCUGCUAUAUUGGUUAGCAGCGUUGUGGUGGGGGUGAGAAGGGCUGCGUUUGAGAAGAAGUUCAAGGAUAUCUUCGAGAACCGCAAACACAAAAGGGAUCGAAGCUGGUCUAGACGUGGACGAACGUGCACAGUGCCGUCUGUGCAUCCUGCCAGCCAAGGCGACAUCAGUCGAUACUUUGAGAGCAUGGAAGGGUGGAUCUCGAGGAAUAGUCAAUUCCACGGACUCACUGACAAAGAGCGUGCACGCCUUGGAGGCUACGAAUACCGCGCCGUGAAACUGCUCUCGUGGUUGGUCCCAGCCUACUUCGUUCUGUGGCAGCUGCUUGGCUGUCUUGGUUGCGCUGCAUGGAUUGCCAACAACAGACCUGACAGUGCUCGCAGCAACGGCCUGAACCCUUGGUGGGUUGGCGCAUUCAAUGCCGUGUCUGCGUUCAACAAUUCGGGCAUGAGCCUUCUCGAUGCGAACAUGACCGCCUACCAGACCGGUUACUACUUGCUCAUCACGAUGAGUCUCUUGAUCUUAGCUGGCAACACGUGUUACCCGAUCUUUCUCCGUCUUAUCGUUUGGACAAUGUAUAAGAUUGUGCAGCGUUUCGAAGAUCGAUCUGAGGAUUGGCGUGAACGAGCUCGCACGCUGAAAUUUCUACUCGACCAUCCUCGGCGCUGCUACACAAACUUGUUCCCCAGCCAACAUACCUGGUGGCUGCUUUUGUCCGUGGUCACUCUCAACAGCAUCGACUGGGCGGCCUUCGAGAUCCUCAAUAUCGGCAACGAAUACAUUGAUGCAUUUCCUGUCGGAGUUAGAGUCAUCGAUGGGCUUUUCCAAGCCUUUGCCGUUAGGAGCGGUGGUUUUUACGUCGUCAUCAUUCCAAAGGUUCGCAUCAGUCUGCAGGUCUUGUACGUGGUCAUGAUGUACAUCUCGGUCUAUCCAGUGGUCAUCACCAUGCGCAACUCGAACGUUUACGAAGAGCGCUCGCUAGGUAUCUACGCCGACGAUCAACCUCAAGACGAGCAAGCCCGCACUUCUCGACAAACUGAAAACCCAGGAUUUAUCCGCCGCCUCACCGGACAUCUCGUGGGCGGCAAUCCUGGUACAAAAGAAUCCAACGGCACCUUCGUCCGCCAACAGCUCCGCGCCCAGCUUGCACACGACGCCUGGAUCAUCGUCAUCGCAUUAUUCCUCAUCAUGAUCAUCGAAGUCAGCUGGUUCGACCGCGAUCCCGUCAACUUCAGCGUCUUCAACUUCCUCUUCGAGAUCGUGAGCGGCUACGGCUGCGUGGGAAUCUCCGUGGGGAUUCCGUGGAACUCGUACAGUUUCUGCGGGACGUGGCAUACGUUGAGUAAGCUGAUCUUAUGCAUCGUUAUGUUGAGGGGACGACAUCGUGGCUUGCCUGUGGCCAUUGAUCGCGCAGUUUUAUUACCCGGGGAGGACAAUGAGCAAGCGGAGGAAGACGAUGGGCGGAUCAGGAUGGCGAGGACGAUGAGUCGUGGACGGGCACUGGAAUCGCCGUUGCCGCGUGAUGCAGUUUAG